AUGUCUGAACCGGUUGCUGCUUACGGGUUCUUGCAUUGGUUAACGGCAAACAACAACGUGUUACGGUUUUGUCUGAAAACCGAAACCUGGUCGUUUCUCACGGUUCCUGAGAAUCUAGCGAGCGAUAGAUCUCUGAAACUGACAAGAUACGAAGGGAAGCUUGGCGUUUUCAGAUCAAGAUCGAAGGAAGGAGUGGAUUAUCAGGAGUUAUGGGUUUUAGAGAGCAGUUUGGGGAGUUCUUGGGUGAAAGUGAAAAAGAUUGAAAGUAUGGGGCUCGAACCUAUUGGGUUCUUGAGCAACGACGUCGUAACGCUGGCUGACGUGGAUAAAAAGUUCUUGCACAAUUACAAUAUGAACAACGGCAAGUCUCAGAAGUUACAAAUUAGGUCUCCAGGAUUCUCUCCUAAUAUGGAUGCGAGCUUGAGUUAUUUCCAUCUCUGUUCUGACUUCAAGAGAGUUGAAUUUGAAGUUGGUUUGGUCUUCUCCUUUUCCUUUUACAUGGUGACAGAAGAAACAAGGGUAUAA